AUGGUUAGACAACCAAUUCAACCAAUACAGGAACAACAACAAGAUAACAAUAACAAUAAUCAAAAAGAAAAUCUAAUAAAUAAUUUAUUUGAAUUAAUUUUAAAGAUUCAAGAAUUAAACGAAGAAGAAUUUUCACAAAAUAAUAAUAACAAUAAUCAUGAAAUAGAAAAUAAAGAAAAGAAUAACAAUAAAGAUACUAGCGAUAGUGAUAAUAGUGACAAUAAUAACAAAUCAAAAAAACAUAAAUAUGAAAGAUAUAUACCGAGAAUAAGAACAUUAUUACCAGAAUUAAUAAAUACAUAUCUAGUAUCAAGUGCCAGCAUAUCAGAUAUUAAUCAAAUUGUUAAACUUAUAAACAUUUUAGUCGAAAGGGUACCAAGUAGUGCAAUUGGUGAUAGCAGUAGAAUUUGUUUUUACCUUUUCAAACUAAUUCCACUUCUCUCACACAAAUCACCAUCAUUUGAUUUAAACAUUCUAAAUAUUCAACAAUUACAAGAAAGGGAAGAAGAGGAUGAAGCUUUAACAGACAAUUUAAUUAGUGCUAUUAAAUCAAUGUUGAAUCUUUUAACGGAUGAAAUUAAUGUAUUGCUAUUGUUUAUUAAAGAGUCCAUAGAUUUAUUUAAAGAUUCUAUUGAUUUUAUCAAAGUUAUUAGUCAACAAGAAGAUCAUGUUUCACAAUUAAAAAAGCAAAAAAAGGAUUCGCAAGUAACAGCAACAAACAAUAUAGCAUCAGAAACAUCUAAUCAAAUUAAACCAGUUACUGAGCAAAAUUCGGUAUUUCCAAUUGUAUUAAAAACAUUUUGUGAACUCUCAACCUCAGUUGUAUUAAACGAUUCAUCAAAUAUGAGCAGUUCAUACUCAAAAACAUUUCAAUCAUCCGAUUUAUUAUUCCAAACAGAAAUGGCAUUCAACGAAUAUGAAAAAGCAAAUGCAAAGAAUUUUGAAAAUUAUUUUAAAAACAGCAAAGAGGAACAAGAGAAGAAUAAUUAUAAACCAAUAGAUGAAGGUGUAUUGAUUGUUAUUUCAUCCAACAAUCGUUUAAUUAAUCUCCAAAGUGGUUUAAUAAUUGGGAUUAGUAGUGUUAUUGAAAACUUUUCAUAUUACCUCUCCACCCACUUUAACGAUCUCUGGUAUAUCCUUUCUGAAUAUUUUUCACUUUUAAAUUCAAUUAAUUUGACAUCUUAUAAACUCAUGGCCAGUUUUAUAAAUUCAUUAUUAACACUAUUCGAAAAGUUAUUAAAGUCAUCAUCAAAUGUAGUUCCAAUUUUAUUCAACAGAAAAAUUAUUAAAAAUUUCUUAGAAUUAGUAAUACCAAUGAGUGUUCUAAUAAAAUCUAAAAAGAAAAAUUUGGUUGAUGAAAAGAUUUCAGUAAUAUUACCGUUGUUAUUUUCAAAUAUCUCAGAUUCGACAUUAUUUGAACUUUCAUCAUCAAUUUUACCAAAUAUUCUAUUUAUAAUUAAUAAUACAGAAUCAAAACAAUUAAAGGUAUCAGUUUUAGAUAUUUAUUUUAAAAUUUUAAAACUAUCAACACUUCAUUUUAAAUCAUUAUUCACAUUGGUACCAUUAUUUAGUGAUAGAGAUAUCCAUGACAGUCUUUAUGAUUGUUUUGAAUAUGUUAUUAAUCAAUCUUAUUUAUCAGAAAAUGAAGAAUCUGAAUUUUCAAGCGAAAUUUUAUCAAAUCUUGUAGAUUAUGCCAACUGUUUAAAAAUUUCAAGUAUUUUCAAUGAUUUCCCCACAAAGCUUGAUAAACAUCAACAAAGAUCUUUAAAUACAACGAUAGAACAACAAAAAACAAUUAGAGUUUAUACCAAUGCACUUCAUUUAAUAUUCAGAAUAUGUAAAAACCAUCAUAGUAAAAUUCCAUUAAAGGAUAUUGUAGAGUUACUUAUCAAUAAUUUGAAUAUUGUUUUCAAAGUUUUAAUUCAACAAAAAGAAUUAAAUGAAUUAUAUUUAGAUAUUUUAAUCGAUCAAAUGGAGUUUUCUAAAACAAUUUUAAUAGAAUAUGUACAUAAAAUUUCAAAUUUAAAGACUAUGGAGCCCCUCAUCGAACCAUUGUUUAAUAUAGCAUUUAUUUUCACAAAUCAUCCAACCCUUUUUAACAUUAACUAUAGUGAAAAAAUUGACAAGUUAAGAAUCAUUUCAUUUUCAUUGAUCAGCUGGUUACCACCUUCUUUUUAUAUUAGCGAAAGAAAAAAUUUUAUUUUAUCAAGUCUAACAAUUAUUAAAAUUAAUGAAGAUGACAAUGGGCAACAAAAGACCUUAUCAAGUCCAAUAAUUAUUAAUAUAGUUUCAAGUGAUUCUCCUAAUAUGGAUCAACAAUCAUCACCAUCAAUAUCUAUAAACGAAGAAUACUUAAUUAAUAUUAUAAAAUCACUUCCAAUCUUUAUUUCAAACCUGGCUCCUGUAAACUUUUUAAAUUCGGUCAGUACCAACCAGCCAUUUAUACUCUUGGUCGAUGAAAUUAUAUCUAAACUCAACAAAAUAAUUGAAUUAACAGUUCCAUCUUCAAUUUUAGAUAUGAUUGGUGUCAUAGGAGGUAGUUUAUAUUGCUUAAAAGAGGGUUUCUGUUUUUUCGAAAAUCUAAAUUAUCAAACUUAUUUAAAUCAUAAUACAGUUGAUAAUAAUCUUUUAAUAAUCAAUAAUAGUAUUUUACUUCAAAAAUUCACUGAUAAACCAGAGAAUAGAAUUAAAAUUGACCCACUUUUAGCAAAUUAUAACGAAUUGGUGGGUUGUAAACACUUCUCAGAUAUUUGGUUACCUUAUUGCACAUGUAAAAGUAUAUUGGUAUCAUCAACUCAAGAUCCAACUAUUGUUGAACCCAACUUAAAGCCAUACAAAUCGUUAUCACACAGUAUCAAAGCAGAUUUAAAUGAUGACGUAAUGCAAGUUGAUGGAAACAAUAGCAAUAGCAGCAACAACAAUAAUAAUAAAGAUAAUAGUAAUAUUGAUGUGGGUGAAGUUUCUCAAAAUUUAAUUUUAGAACCAUCAAAUAAUAUUUUAUUUUCAAAAUUAUUUGAAAAAGAUAUUAAAUCAAUUUUAAACGAUGAUCCCAGCGCUAUCAUUGACGACUCUCCAAUCAAGUAUUUUUAUUUAAAGUAUACAUUCAAAAAUAUUUUAAUUCAUAAUUCACCACUUUCAAGCUCAUCAAUUGAUCCAUUCUUCAGUUUUUAUAUUUCCUUACUUGCACAAAAUAGAAAUGAUGUCAUUAGAAAAUCAAUUAUCAAGAUGAUUGUUAAAAUGCUAAAGCUCAAUCUUAACAAAGAAGUUUUGGAUAGAUUUUUUACCGAAAUACGUCCCCUUAAAUCCGAUAACAGAGAAUACAUAACAUUAUCAAUUUUAUAUUUGUUCAAAAAAGUUUCAAAAUUAAUUAUAAAUAAUAUUAAAGAAAGCUCAACAGAAUUAAUAUCAUCCAAUAAUUUAAAUGCAUAUAGUGUUGAAAACUGGCAAGAAAAGGUCUAUUCAAAUGACUACAUUAUAAUUAUUUUAAUAACACUCAUCGAAAAUCUUUCAAAAUCAGCACCAAUUAAAGUUACGUCAAAUGAUAUUAUUGACUUUAUCUCAAAAAAACUAAAUCAAUCACCAAAACAAUUAAUCAUGAAUAAUAUGCCAAAAUAUAUUAAUAAGAAAAUCAUUGAUAAUAUUUGCAAUAAUGUUCAAGCUUUAAAUAUAAUGUGCUCAUCGAUUUUAGGUUGCUCACUAAAUCAAUUUCUCAUCGUUUCUCUUCCGACUGUUAUGCCGGAAUUAAUUCUCAAUGAAAAGCUUUCAAGCAAUACAUUAAAGGUACUCAAAGAAGAAAUUCCAACCAUAAAAACUUUAUGUGCUGAAGAGACUUUACUUUCUUCAAUUUUAGAAUAUAUAUUUAUUCAUUCACAAGAUCAACAAUCUUUGGCCAAUUGUAUCUCAUUCUUUUCAAAAUACGCCGAUUUCGAAGCCACUACUCUUCUUAACUAUCUUCCAAAAUCAUUCUUUAAUUCUCUACUUUUAAGCUUAGGCGAUGACAAUACCUAUGAAAAAACAAAGAAAGCCAUCAAAUAUGUUUAUCAACUUUCAAAUUCAAAUAUCACUCUAGAUAAAUUUUUAAUGAAAGAGUUUUUGGGCUCAAUGAAUUAUUAUACAUUAAUGUUAGAAAAAAAGAAACUAGUAUCUGAAAAAAAAGUAUUAAUGCUAAGUUUCAAACGUUUGUUAGAAUUAAUGUCAGAAAGUAUCAAUUUCUUUAAACCAAAGAUUAUGGCAUUCCUCAGAUUAGCUCAUAAAACUCCUGUAGAAGACAUUGCCAUUGAUGCUUGGUCAACUUUUAUUCAUUUAUUAAAUUUAAAAAAUAUUGGCUCCAUUUUAAAUCAAAUAAUCUUUUCAAUACUUCCAUAUGUUAAUAACUAUCCGGAUAAAGUUAAAAGUAUUCUCUAUUAUCUUCUUAUAGAAAAUAGUACAACCCUUGGUCCAUAUUUUAAAACCAUCCCAUUCCUCCCAAAAGAUGUUGAAGUAUUAAAGCCAUUUGUAAAUAUUAUACAACCAGAAAAAAAAAACGAAUAUAGCAUUAAAGAAGACAUCGAACAACUAAUCGUUUUAUUAAGCAAUGAAUCAAAUGACGUUAAAUUAAUGACACUCAACAGAUUAAAGGAGAUUCUUAAAGAUAAUAAAACCGAAGUUGAGAAAUUAAUACAGUCCGAAGGUCCACCUACAAAUAAUCUUUUCAAAUCAUUGAUUAUUGGUUUUAGAGACUCCAAUUCAAAGGUCAAAGUAGCAUUCUUAAAGUGCCUGGGUGAAUUAGGUGCCGUCGAUCCAUCAAGAUUAGAUUUCUCCCUUAGAUCAAAAGUAUAUGUUGAAGAUGAUAAGAUUGGAAUUGCCACGGAAUUAAUUGAAAAUUAUCUUUCAAAAUUUGUAGUUUCACCAAGCUUCCCAACCCCACAAGAUAGAGCUGGCUAUGCUAUCCAAGAGAUUUUAAAAAGUGACAAGGAUCUUUUUAAUAGACUGCCACAAGAAUGCAAAGAAAUUGUUUAUCCUUAUCAAACAUCAGAAUAUCAUUUACCAGUUUCAAAAAAAUCCACCACAAACAAUACAGUUUUCUUUACACCAUCUAUUCCUUAUAGAAAAUGGGUUUCAUCAUGGCUAUCCAGUUUACUAGAUAAGACCAAAGGCCCCCUCGAUACUAUAUUUAUGGCCUGUCGUGGUAUUAUCAAGGAUGAUCUAAAGAUUUGUCAUUUCCUCCUUCCGUUAGUAAUCGUUAAUAUUAUUGGGCAAGACCAUGAACAAGAUGUAGCUUUGAUAAGGGACGAGUUUUUAGAAGUAUUAAAAAAUGAUAAAGAUGUCAAUUCUGAAAAUGCUCAAAUGUGUACCCAAAUUAUUUUCCAGAUUAUAAAUAGUUUAUCAGUUAUUCUAGAUACCAAAAAGAAGAAAGCAUUAGCUCUUAAAAGUGGCAAAAAUGCUAACACGAAAAAAAAAAUUGACUUUCCUCAAGAAAUUAUAUCAAUUGAAAGAUUUAUUAGUAAAAUUCCUGAAAUAGAUUUAGCAAGAGCUUCCUACAGAUGCAAAGCGUUAUCAAACUCACUUAUCUAUAUGGAAUCAGUAAUUAGAAAAGAAACCAUUGCUUUGGAAAAAAGUUUCCAAAAUAAAAAGCAAUUACCACCACAACAACAGCAACAGCAACAACAACAACAACAACAAAAGCCACCUGUCAGUUUUAGAGAAGAGGCAAUUAACAACCAUUUGGAAUCAUUACAAAAAAUCUAUCAAGAAAUGGACGAUGUUGACAGUUUAAUUGGUUUAUCUCAUAUUAUUAGAAUAAAUGGUGCAAGCGAUGAUGAAAAAAUUGUUGAAUUGGAGGCUCAAGGAAGUUGGGGAGAUGCACUUUUAUAUUAUAACAGCGCAUUAGAAAAGCAACCCAACAAUAUUGACCUAAAGAUUGGUGCUCUUAAUUGUUUAUUUAACAAUGGUCAAUAUGAAUCUCUUUUACUUCAAAUCGAAGGUCUUAAACAAGAAGGCUAUUUAUCACAAAAAGACCAAGCCAAAAUUAAUACACUUAAGAUUCAAGCAGCAUGGAGACUUUCAAACUGGGAUAAAAUUGAAGAAACACUUUCACAGCCCAAUGAAAAUAAUUUCGAAGUCUAUAUUGGCAAAAUUUUAUUGUCAUUUGUAAAGAAACAGGAAAAGGAAUUUAAUUUCAAUUUAAACCAAUGCCGUAUUUUCAUUUGUUCACAUCUUACUGGCUCAUCAUUAGAUUCUUAUCAGAGAUGCUAUCCUCAUUUAGUUCAAGCCCAUAUUUUAGAAGAAAUUGAAAAAAGUUUUAAAAUUUUAAAUCCAUCCAAAGAAACCCAGAAUCAAAUAAAUAAUAAUAUCGACAUUAGUAUUCCUCAACAAGUGAAUAAAUUAGUUAAUGAAUGGGAUGAAAGAUUAAAAAUUGUCCAGCCUUCAUUCAAAGUUAGAGAAUCAAUUUUAGGUAUUAGAAGAGAAAUUUUAGAUAUAGCGUCACUUCAAAAAGAAUCUGCAAAUUGUUGGAUGAAGAUUAGUAAAUAUGCAAGACAUGAUAACAAAAUUGAAUUAUCACUCAACGCAAUUUUAAAACCAAUAUCAUCCCAAAGAGAUAAACCAUACAUUAUCGAAAAUGCAAAACUAAAAUGGAAACAAGGCCACAGUAUUGAAGCCAUCAAUACAUUAUCACAAGAAUUAAAGCUAUUAAAAUUUAAUAAUGAUAAAAAACUUUCAGCCAAGGUUCAUUUAUUAAUAGCAAGAUGGAAGCAACAAUCUGGUAUCACUCAACAUAGUGAAUUAAUUGAUCACUAUAAGGCUGCCACAACAUACAAUUGGGAAAAAGGUUUCUUUUUUUUGGGUAGAUACUACGAAACUUUACUUUCAAACCUAAAAAGAAUCAAUCCAAACUCUCCAAACUCUCCACCAGAAGACCCCAUGUUGUACCUUGACUAUACCAAACAUAUACUUUUUUCAUUUGGUCAAGCUGUUAGUAUUGGCCACUCUUAUAUAUAUCAAACUCUUACUAGAAUUAUUACUCUUUGGUGCGAGCUUGGAAAUGUUUUCCCAGAUUUCGAUAAGGUUGAAAGAUCUUUUAAAGAGCCACUUCAUCAAAUCAAAAAAGCUAUGAAUCGUUCUGAACAAGAAAUCUCAGCAUCAAACUGGCUAAUCUUUUUACCACAAUUAGCAUCAAGAAUUUGUCAUAAGAAUACUGAUACAUAUGCGAUUAUUGAAAAAGUAAUCGUUAAAGUUUUACAAGCAUAUCCUCAACAAUCCAAUUGGAUUAUGGCAGCACAACAAAGAUCAAAAACAACUCAAAGAAAAGAAAAAGCAAAGAUAUGUUUUCAAAAAGCAAGAACUAAUCAAACAAUUAUACAAAGCCAAGAGCUAUCAAGCCAAUUAUUUUCAGUUUUAUUGCAAGUCUCUGAAUUUAAAAUUCAAAGGGCACCCAAUACGAAACCUAUUAUUAAAAUAUCCGAACACUUUAAAAAACUUGAAGAACUUCGCAAAAUCCCAAUCAUUCUCCCUCUUCAAACCUCAAUGAAUGUCAAUCUACCACCAAACGGACUUGCUGACAAAAAUUAUAUGGUUUUCGGUAAACUCCCAACAAUUUCAUAUUUUGAUGAUAAUAUCGAAGUAAUGUCUUCACUUCAAGCACCCAAAAAGAUUCAAGUUUAUGACCAAAAUGGCCAAAAACACAGUUUCCUUUUAAAACCCAAUGAUGAUCUUCGUAAAGAUGCUCGUGUAAUGGAGUUUAAUACCAUGGUUAAUAAAUUAAUUAAAAGAGAUCCAUCAUGCAGAAAGAAAAAUUUAAAGAUUAGAACCUAUUCAGUAACCCCAUUAAAUGAAGAAAGUGGCAUUAUCGAGUGGGUUCCAAACACCCAGACUAUACGUUCAAUUUUAAAUCCUCUUUAUGAAAAUUACCAAGAAGAUACUAAAAAAAUUCACAAUCUCAUCGCUGCAAAAAAAGAAAAACAAUAUAUAGAACUUUACGAAGAAGAUUAUCCAAGACUGUUCCCUCCAAUGCUCUAUAAAUACUUUUUAAAUCAAUUCCCAGAGCCAUCCUCUUGGCUAGACGCUAGAAACUCAUUUGCUCGCUCAUGCGCUUUAAUGUCAAUGAUUGGUACUGUUUUAGGUUUGGGUGAUAGACAUACCGAAAAUAUUCUCGUUGACUCAACAUCUGGUGAAUGUGUCCACAUUGAUUACAACUGUCUCUUUUGGAAAGGCGAAACAUUUAAGGUACCAGAAAGAGUUCCAUUCCGUUUAACUAGAAAUAUUACUGAUGUAUUUAGUGUUCAUGGUGUUGAAGGUACAUUCAAAACUGUUUGUGAAAACUCUCUUGGAGUUUUAAGAAAUAAUAGAGAGGUAUUACUUCGUGUAUUAGAAGCAUUCAUUUACGAUCCAUUCAUCGAUAUUUUCGAAAAGAAAACAGUUAAUACCACCGAAAUAGAGAAUGAUCAAGCUUUAGAUAUAAUUAAAAGAAUUGAUUUAACCCUUCAAGGCGUUCCUCAAAAUUUUGUUGGAUUACAACUUUCAAUCGAAGGUCAAGUAAACUAUUUAAUUCAGGAAGCCACAAAUCCUAAAAACUUAACAGAAAUGUACAUUGGUUGGGCCUCUUGGAUGUAG